AUGCCUAACUCAAGUGAGCAGUCGUGUUUUGGUGGCUCUAAGGGCCCGUGUGGUUUGUCAUGGACUGACAGCCAGCACGCCAGGGCCACAGCUCGCUGUCACUACUGUGGCACUGUUGCGGGGCGCAGGAAUUCUGUGGCGCUGGGUGGAGGAGACGGCGGGGUGUGGUUUAAGCAUCACCCAGACCAUUGCGAAAACCAAGAACUUUACACACUGCUCCAGCCCUCCGUCUACAGCCAUGGGUCUGCAGGGCACGAGCUACUAAGGAAGAACUCCGUGCCUUCACUGAGCAGCAGCUUCUACCUCAGGCAAGCGAUGGCAGGUCGGGCCUCUGCGCCUCCACAGGAUUACUACCAGGCUGACAUGGCCUUAUCUGGUCAGCUACCUGAAGAGCCUGGUUUUUAUAGAGCCAACCAGCACCUGCUUAGCAGAUCAGCUUCGCAUUAUGGGUCCAGCGUCGGGGGGGUGAGCCCUGCCUGGGAUCAAGGACAAUCCAGGGCCACCCCCUCUGCCCCAGCCUCCGCUCCUACACCCACCCCCGCACCUCCUCCGCCUCCACCUCCACCCCCACCUCCUCCGCCACCCCCGCCCCCUCCUGCUCAUGAGCUGAGCCGUUUGUAUAGGGAUCCUCUGGGAUCCAAGAUGAUCCCAGACGUCCAGCGCAUUGGUGGCAGCUCUCCCUCUCCUGCGGUCUACAGGGUGUCAGCCCCGCUUUCCCUUUACUCUGCUGAGGCAACAUCGCUAGCUGCUCGCCAGGCUUAUAACGACAUCAACAGCAUCCCUCUGGACCCCCGGCAGCCAGCUGCCACCUCUUUAGUGGUAGACUCGGCUUCUCAGGGAAUGGACGGAGCUGUCCCUCGAGCCUACGGAGCUGUAGCCUCCCACAGGCUGCCUUAUGACCCAAACUAUGACCCCAGCUCAGCCAUGGUGGCUGCCACAGCUGGCCUGACUUCUGGCAUACCUCCUCAUCACCCUAGUGCUGCAGACCCCAAGAAGAUGGUGGAUCCAGCUUUCUUGGCUUUCCUGCGAGCUGAGGGUCUGGCUGAAAGCACGAUCACCCUCCUGCUGCAGCAGGGCUUCGACUCCACCACCAUGCUGGCGAUGAUGGAGGACCAUGACAUCCGCUCUGUGACGCCUAACCUGGGUCAGGCCCGUGUCCUGUCCCGUGUUGUACUCAGUUGUAAGACAGGUGGGACAGCCCUGGGCACACGUGCACGAUCAAACAGCUUCACCCAUCGUAAUGACCUAUACAUGCAGCCCCAGGGUUUGACCAUGGAUACUGGGUUGUUGCAGCAGCCUUCCAACACCAUCCAGACAGUCUCCCCCAGGAUGGGAGAGUUCCUUGGUAGAAGACCCAGCAGUGCUCCUUCCCAGCACCUCCUAGAGACCACCACCUACCCAGGAACUCGGCCCCUGGCAACAGGCGCUUUUCCCGUCAGCCCUGGUGGAUACAGCAAUGCGUUGACUCAGGGAAGACCCCACUCCAUGUACAGUGCCCACACCGGCCUUGCCAUGUCUGCUCUGGGACAGCAGCCUCCAGCUGCACCUAGCACCCCUGGAGCACCACCCAAAACCUUUUCGGGCUCCUACUCUCCCAUAGAGCUGAUGAAGAGACCCCCCGCCCUGCCUCCCAUGUCACCAGGAACCAUGGCCAGCCCCCUGCACAGCCCCCAGCUGCUCCGGAAGGGCAUCACUGCUGCUACGGAGAGCACCGUCGUCCCUGCCACCGCUUCCUCCACUCUCCAAACACAGAAUGUUAACAGCAGCAAGAUGGUCGGACGCCGCACUGGUCCACCUGUCAUAGUCUCAACCAUGGUCACCACGCCUGACACAAGUAUUCGGCCCCAAAUCAUGAACGGGCCGAUGCAUCCGCGCCCCCUGGUGGCGCUGCUGGAUGGGCGUGACUGCACCGUGGAGAUGCCCAUCCUCAAAGACCUGGCAACCGUUGCCUUCUGUGACGCCCAGUCCACACAGGAGAUCCACGAGAAGGUGCUCAAUGAGGCAGUGGGAGCUAUGAUGUACCACACCAUCACCCUGACCAGAGAGGACCUGGAGAAGUUCAAAGCUCUACGCAUCAUCAUCCGCAUCGGCAGCGGCUACGACAACAUCGACAUCAAGGCUGCCGGCGAGCUGGGCAUCGCUGUGUGUAACAUUCCCUCGGCAGCCGUGGAGGAGACAGCGGACUCCACCAUUUGCCACAUCCUCAACCUGUACCGGCGGAACACCUGGCUGUACCAGGCUCUCCGGGAGGGCACGCGGGUGCAGAGCGUGGAGCAGAUCCGCGAGGUGGCGUCCGGCGCCGCCCGUAUCCGCGGCGAAACCCUCGGACUCAUCGGCUUCGGUCGUUCAGGCCAGGCGGUGGCGGUGCGGGCCAAGGUUUUCGGCUUCAACGUCAUCUUCUACGACCCCUACCUGCAGGACGGCCUGGAGCGCUCGCUGGGCGUGCAGCGCGUCUACACCCUGCAGGACCUGCUCUACCAGAGCGACUGCGUCUCUCUGCACUGCAACCUGAACGAACACAACCACCACCUCAUCAAUGACUUCACUAUCAAACAGAUGCGUCAGGGGGCGUUCCUGGUCAACACGGCGCGAGGCGGCCUGGUGGAUGAGAAGGCCCUGGCCCAGGCCUUGAAGGAGGGCAGGAUACGCGGAGCCGCCUUGGACGUGCACGAGGCGGAGCCCUUCAGUUUUGCGCAGGGUCCUCUGAAAGACGCUCCCAACCUGAUCUGCACACCACACACAGCCUGGUACAGUGAGCAGGCCUCUCUGGAGAUGAGGGAGGCAGCUGCCACCGAGAUCCGAAGAGCCAUCACUGGCCGUAUCCCUGACAGCCUAAGAAACUGCGUCAAUAAGGAGUUCUUUGUCACCACGGCACCAUGGGCAGUUAUGGACCAGCCAGGCGUCCACCCUGAGCUCAACGGCGCCGCCUACAGGUACCCGCCAGGUGUGGUUGGAGUGGCUCCGGGUGGGAUCCCGGGGGCGUUAGAGGGCAUGGUGCCAGGCGGAGUGCCCAUCGCCCACACCUUGCCCUCCGGUACACACCCCUCCCAGGCCCCAUCGCCCAACCAGCCCUCCAAACACGGCGAGACCAGAGAGCACCUCACCGAGCAAUAGCAGCAGACGAGCUCCAACGGCAACAACUCAUCCGACCAGUCGACACUCAACGCAAAACCAAGCAACCAACCAAUUACAAAGCAACCAACCAACUGGGACCAAGAGACAGUGAAACAUAAGCGGCUGCCUGUCACUCAGUCAGCACCUGGGAACAAGUGAAGUGUUCCGGCGAAUUUGUACUUUUAAUGUUUUAGUUUUUACUCUCUCUGUCUCUUUGGGUUCAGUACCAACUUUACUCUUUGAUGAUGAUGUUUUGCUUUUGUUUUUUGGGUUUUUUUUUUUUUUUUUUUUUCUUCUAUGGGACAUGCCUGUCAUUCUGGAAACAGAGUCAAGUGUUUUUAGCGCUCCGGGACAGACUUGCCAGCCGCACGAUGAGACUCUGUCCCGCCCCUCCUACACCUCAGAGCUCAUGGGAAAAGUAGGCCCACAUCUUGACGGGAGAACAAGAGAAACUUUUGACAUCAUGUGCUACUGGACCUUAUCCUCCCUGAAUACCCACCCCGCCCCACCUUCAUCCCCAACUCCUCCAAGCCCUCCUCCAUCCUCCCGUCCCGACCCCGCCACCCUUAUGUAACUAAUGUGUGUUGUUUAGGCCCCCCCUCUCAGUCCAUUCUGUAAUAUUCCUCACAAGAGAAUAUUUUUUUUCUUUCAAUCUUCAGUGUGAAAGGCAGAAAUGAGACUAAAAAUGGAUUAUCGACUUAUAUAUAUUUAUCAUUCAUCAGACAAAAGGAAAAGACAAGAUUGCUCAUCAGUAAUAGUAAUCUAGAGAGUGGGUUUUAACCCUUUCCUGAUGGUAUUAUGUCAACUACGGUGUGUCACACUUGUCAGUUGCAGGUAUGCACCCCUGGAGGGCACUUUCACACGGUUUGCAGGAUUUUUUUUAAAAAAAAAUUUCGUUUCUCCGGCCAGUGAGAUCCCAGCACGCUGCCGCAUUGCUUAGCCUAGGAGUCAUGUUGUGACGACAUGUGAAUGAAGUCAAUAAUCGAGCAGCACUGUCAGCCGAAAGCACUCAACAAAACGCUCGCUCUGUAUUUGACUGUAACUGCUACCUGGCUUUGAGUUGAUGUGAAUUAUACGAGAGAGGCGGCAGCUCAGAGUUGAAGUGAAGGACUGUUUGACUUGUUUUGGUUUGUUUUGGUUUGUUUUUUUGUAGUAAUGUGUCAAUCAUUGGUAAACGAAAGACUUUGUGAGCGUUCAAGAGGAGAACACUGUUAUCAUUUAAGAGGCCGUCUGUGCGUCCGGCUCUCCGGAUUUCAAGAGGACGUCUCUGCAUCUCUCCCACGUCUCUGAACGGACGUUUCUGGCGAUAACGAGUGGACAAACCGCUCUCGUUUUCCCUUAGUGACGGCAGCAGCAGAUAGACCGUUUGUGACGCCCUCCCCUCGGACAGCAGCACACGUCACACCGCCACGCACAGGAAAGGGUUAAAGCAAACUUCAUUCCUUAAUGACUCAGGAAAACACUUUUUUGCAGAUAUUGUUUAUUCCCAAAAUUUUGUCUUGAGGAAAAAGAAAAAGAAAAAAAAAGAAAUUACUAAUCUGGGUAGUCUGGAUAUUUUCUCUCUUCCCUCAUCCUCUCCAUUGUGGUAUUUUUAUAUACAAGACACAUCCCAUGUUUUUGGUGUUAAAAAGAGUUUUGAAGAGUCCUGUUAGAUUUGUAUUGCCUAGUUAAAUGUUCCUAUAACCAUAGUCCUAUGUGAUCCACCCUCUCUCUCUCUCUCUCUCUCUCUCUCUCUCUCUCUCUCUCUCUCUCUCUCUCUCUCUCUCUCUCUCUCUCUCUUCUUCUUAUACUUUCUUUGUUCUAUUGAAGGCCAGGUUCUUUGGGGCAUCCUGUACUCUGUAAGAGCAAUAGCAAAACUCCUACUUAGUGUCCCAACAAUAGCAGAAGAGGCAGCCAGCAGUACGUUUUGUUUUUAGUGUGAGUAUUUGUAUUUGUUUCUUGUACAAGGUGAACAUUUAGCAUUCAGUGCAGUUCAAAUAAAAGAUACAAUUCUGAGAACCAA